GAUAUUCUCCUUACCCUCCGGACAACCACUGCGACUCGUCGGCUCUCCCUACUUCCCCGCUCCCCUCCGCGCUCUUCUCCUCCGGUCCGUCGCCAGUGAUUUACCCCUCCAGCGUAGUUGGCGCCCUUUGUUACCCCUGGCUGCUGCCCCUCGGAGCGUGGAGCGUUGGUCUGGUAUCAUCAUCUCCAGCCAGCUCCGAGACGCUCUGUCCGUCUGCUGUCGGGGGAUUCGGAUUCGGGGCGGAAGUGGACGAAAGAAUCCGGGAAGCCUUGGGAUUGAAGGGUUUAGGGUGCAGGAUUUGUUGCGUUCGGAUCGGGAGGCUUUGAUCGUUCGUGUUGGGGGCAGGACUGAUUGCAGUCUUGAUUGCUGCGAGUGGGAUUGGAAUCCUUGGGGCUCCCAGGCGGAAGAGGGGCGGAAGAGGGGACAGAGGGAGGAGGCGAUUCACUCUCGGGUCGGGUUCUUCUGAUCGAGUUGGGAUUGCUGCGGCAUUGCGAUGCCGCGUACUCUCAAAGUCGACCUUCCUGGUGUGCCUCGAAUUCGAGCCCUCUGCGGUGACUCGUUGGGGCUUAUUAAAGUCAUCACAACCGAGAGUGACUUGGGAGCUCCAAAAGUAGCUGCUCGAUGGGGAGACCCGGAUCCUCAGCAAGGUGUGCUUUGUAUGUCGAUGUCAAACGACGGGUCGCCGGGCCUUGCCAUUGCGAGAAAAUCAAACACCGUCGACGUGAUCGAUCCUGUCAGCGGACUGCUUGAAUCACGCCUUGUUGUGCCGAAAUCGUCUGCGGAUGUUGCAUCCAAUAGAGACGCAUCUGAUGCUGUUUGUGGCUUGCACUUGUUCGGCGAAAGCAGCUCGUGGGGGAAGGCCGCACUCACAUGCACCGAACUUGGAGAUGCUAUAUUACAAAGACUUCCAGAGUUGGAUGAGGAACAAAUUCCUAAGAGUGAAAACUUUUUGAGCAGAUGGAGCGUAUCUCAAACAGGAACCGUUUUGUGCAUGGCAGUCGACGCCAGUGAACAGUAUGCUGCUUUUGGAGGAAAAGGUGUGGAUUUGAGCGUCUGGGACAUUAAGAAAGGUUCUAGGAUAUGGAGUGCCAAAGCGCCUCAUCGUGACAAUUUGGGGUUGAUGUCCCCUGCAUGGGUGACAGCUGUAACUUUUCUCGAUGAUGAUCACAAGAAAAUUGUAGUUGGAACUGGUCACCAUCAGGUGCGCCUUUAUGAUACCUCAGCUCAAAGAAGACCAGUUCUUGCUUUCGAUUAUGGUGAGGCUCCUAUCAGAACUGUAACGAAGGACCCAAAUGGUACCUCUGUCUACGUGGGUACAGGCCAUGGAGAUCUUGCUUGCUUUGAUAUGCAGACAGGAAAGCUGAUUGGUGGGUUCAAAGGUAAAUGUGCUGGAAGCAUCCGAUCAGUAGUUCGACACCCCUCUCUGCCCCUCAUUGCUUCUUGCGGUCUGGAUCGGUAUCUAAGAAUUCACAGCACCCAGACAAGACAGCUCCUUGCAUCGAUGUUUUUGAAACAACAACUUGUUUCGGUGCUUUUUGAUGCUAGAGUUGAGAGGGCAGUCACGGAAGUUCCUUCACUUCCAGAUGUUGCUGAACCCAUGGCCGUGGAGCCCGAAAAGCCAAGUGCCAACGGAGCGAAGUCACUGAAGGAAAAGAAGAGCAAAUUGAAGAGGCAGGCGGAGGGAGCUCCAGUUUUUGACGGGCAAGGAGCAACGGAAGAAGCCGCAGCUACAAAUGCUACCAGCGGACAGAAGCUCAAGAAGAAGAGCAAGUCAAGUAGGCAAGAUCCAGUUGUCGAUGGGGUCGGUACAGAGGAGAAAGCUACCGCUGUUAAUGGGGAGAAGCGAAAGAAGAAGAAAAAGAGCAAGAGCAAGCCAGCCAAGUCAAUUUAAUUUUUUUAUUAUUGAAUAAAAAUGAAGUGAAUUGGUC